AAUUUUUAUGAGUGGAUCCAAGUUAAUAAAAGAAACUAAAUAAGAUGGGCGGAUGUACCGCUGUAAACUGUUCGAAUUCCCGAAGAAAAGGUAUUCGUUUAUUUCGAUUUCCCAAAGAUAUUUCAAGACGAAAAAUUUGGCUUCAAAAUUGUCGCCGUGAUAAAUGGGUACCUACAGAGUCGUCGGAGUUGUGUGAAAUUCAUUUUGAGGAAAACCAAUUCGAACAGCAUCGUCUGGAUGGUUUAAAGAAACUAAAACCAAAUGCAAUUCCAACACUCUUUGAUGUGCCCAAUCCCCCUCGCAUGUUGGAGACCAAAAGAAAAUCCUUGUAUAAGACUAUAGGAAAUUUGAGUAAUGAUAAUCUUAAGAAAAAUGUAUCUUCGACAGAAAAACGAUUAUCACAGGCUACAUCAAUAGAAAGCAAUGUUACCAUCAGUGCGAAUUACUCUGAACCUGUUAGCUGCCUGAGUGAGGAAUGUUUGUCACUAGAUCCAAUAGAAGAACUUGAAAAAAUUAGAGCUGAAAUGAAUCGCCUAAAAGAUUAG